GCCUCUGAAGCAAAAGACUGCCGAGAAAGCUCCCUGCCUAAAAGAUCCGUGCCAACCCAGAACCCGCUCGCGGGCUGCAGUCCAGGGAGGGUGUUCUGCACUCAGGAGGAGGACAUGGGGAGCUCUGCUGACCCCAAUCCUCUCGGUAUGUCCUUUUUUCUGAGGCCGGACCUCUCCAUCUCUGGAUCCAGAGGGCAAACAUCCGCUGUGCCUGGCUGACAGGCUGCCCAGCCUUGUUCUUUUGGGGGUAAACUGAGGAAGGAAAGGGCCUGGUCUUGUCCUGUGACUAGAAGUGGAAGGAUUCUCAUUCAGAGGUCACUGCAUCCAGAGGGGCCCAGAAGGGGAAGGAGGCAUUGCCUCCACUGCAGCAGCUGUACCCACGAUGCAGAGCAUCAAGUGUGUGGUGGUGGGUGAUGGGGCUGUGGGCAAGACGUGCCUGCUCAUCUGCUACACAACUAAUGCCUUCCCCAAGGAAUACAUCCCCACAGUGUUCGACAAUUACAGCGCCCAGAGUGCAGUUGAUGGGCGCACAGUGAACCUGAACCUGUGGGACACAGCGGGCCAGGAGGAGUACGACCGCCUCCGCACACUCUCCUAUCCUCAGACCAACGUCUUUGUCAUCUGUUUCUCCAUUGCCAGUCCGCCUUCCUAUGAGAAUGUGCGGCAUAAGUGGCAUCCAGAGGUGUGCCAUCACUGCCCUGAUGUACCCAUCCUCCUGGUGGGCACCAAGAAGGACCUGAGAGCCCAACCUGACACCCUACGGCGCCUCAAGGAGCAGGGCCAGGCACCCAUCACACCGCAGCAGGGCCAGGCACUGGCCAAGCAGAUCCAUGCUGUGCGCUACCUCGAGUGCUCGGCCCUGCAGCAGGACGGCGUCAAGGAAGUGUUUGCUGAGGCUGUCCGAGCUGUGCUCAACCCCACACCGAUCAAGCGUGGGCGGUCCUGUGUCCUCUUGUGACCCUGGCACUCAGCUUGGAGGCUGCCCCUUCCCCCCACCAAUUGUGCCUUGGCGCCUUGUCUGCCCCCAGCCGUGCCUUAAGGACUAAUUCUGGCACCCCUUGCCAGGGGGCUCCCUGAAUGCCUAUUUCUCCUUAAGGAAGCCCACAGGGAAAAGGGCUUUGGGCCCUGCCCCAGUCUGCUUGGGAAAACCAGGUGUUCUUGAGAGCUCACCCAGGCCAAGGUUGGAUCCCUCCCCGAGAAGCCAACCCAGUGCACCCUUCCCAUUUUCCCCUACUGACCCAUUGGUUCAGCUUUCCACUCAUGUUGCUGCCUAUUGUGGUGCCUUCUCUCAGGUUAGGAACCUGCACUGUCCCUAACCUCUCCCUUGCUGCUCUUUGAAUUGCUCUCCCCUCAAAAUGCUCUCUCCCUUCCCCAAAGAGGGAGCCAUAGAAUCCUGAGAAGAUGAAUGUGCCCUAACUUGCCCCCAUGUGCCCAGGCCUUAUGCAUUGCAGACUGACUCAGCCCCUCACCCCACCCCCCGGGCUCCUACCCCCAUCAGCAUCAAUAAAACCUCCUGUCUCCAGUG